CUCACUAAGUGCGUGACUAGUGGAAGCUGCGGAUCUUGUGUGUUACUUACUGACCGAAUCAUGAAGACAAAGUUCCCGGUUGUGACCGAAGUGCCCGGCACACUGGGUCUGCUCCUCAGUACUGCCGGGGGCCUGGUCACCGCCCAGCGAGAGGAGGAGGCGGGGAGCUGCCGGGUGGUCCCGGAGGGAGAGCCGGAUCCCCGCACCCGGCGCAAGGCUUAUCGCUGGUGUAGGGAGUUCCUGCCCGGGGCCUGGCGGUCGCUGCCCGAGGAGCGCUUCUCUAUCAGCAUUAUACGAGGGGGGCUUAGCAAUAUGCUCUUCCAUUGCUCCUUGCCAGAAGACAUCAAAUCUGUGGCCAAUGAGCCGCGCAGUGUCCUGCUGCGUUUAUACGGCGCCAUAUUGCAGAUGUCGUGUAACAAAGGAGACACACAGGAGACGCAGAGAGAGAGUUUCUUUCAGGGCGCAGAAGCAAUGGUUAUGGAGGGUGUCAUGUUUGCCAUUCUUGCUGAGAGAUCGCUCGGUCCCAAGCUGUACGGGAUCUUCCCACAAGGUCGUCUAGAGCAAUUUGUUCCGAGCCGUAAGCUGGAGACAGAGGAGCUGAGUUUGCCAGACAUGUCUGCUGAGAUAGCUGAGAAGAUGGCGCGCUUCCAUGGCAUGGUCAUGCCAUUCAAUAAGGAACCCAAAUGGCUCUUUGGCACCAUGGAGAAGUACUUGAAGCAAGUAAUGAAGAUCAAGUUUACAAGGGAGUCUCACAGCCAUAAGCUGAACAAGCUUUUAGGCUACAAUCUUCCCAGGGAGAUGGCAGCUCUCAGGGCUUUGCUGGAGGCCACUCCCUCUCCUGUUGUCUUCUGCCACAAUGAUUGUCAGGAAGGUAACAUCCUUCUGUUAGAGGGCCGAGAGCAGUGUGACAAACAGCGACUCAUGCUCAUAGACUUUGAGUACAGCAGCUACAAUUACAGGGGGUUUGACAUCGGAAAUCAUUUCUGUGAGUGGAUGUAUGAUUACACCUAUGAACAAUUCCCAUUCUUCAAAGACAACUUCUCCAAAUAUCCCACUCGGAAACAGCAGCUUCACUUUAUCGCCAGCUACAUGGCAGAGUUUCAGCCGGGGUAUGAGAACAUCAGUAACGAGGAGCAAAGCAAAAUAGAGAAUGAGAUGAUCUCAGAAAUAAACAGAUUUGCUCUUGCAUCUCACUUUUUCUGGGGUCUGUGGUCUAUAGUGCAGGCGAAGAUCUCGUCCAUCGAGUUUGGAUACAUGGAAUACGCAAUGGCGCGAUUUGAUGCUUAUUUCCUCCAAAAACGAAAACUGGGACUGUAAUCUUCCAAAAAAAACAUCCUGCCUGGUUUUUAUGCAGCCUUAAAUUUAUUUUUGGAUCACUGGAAAUAACGGUGAAAGGAAAUGUGAAGUUCUGUCUCCUCAAGAGCCAGGUUAUACACUAAAUAGUGUAUUUUAUAGCUGUGAUAUUUUGUAUUGUACAUAGAGUGGUUUCGGAAAUGUAAAUAUUGUAUUAUUUAACUGACAGGUCACAUUUUUCAGACCAUUUCAUGUGUUAAUACCUUUUAAACUCCCAGUAAACCUUUUUGAACGUUGCAAUAUUUAAUUUAAACACUUGUCAUAAAACUACCAGAUAGUUUCUCUGGUAACUGACACUUAUACCGUGCAAUACGGCAGCUCAAUUCGGACAAAGCUUUAUUUUGCCCUCAGGAAGGCAGCACCAUAAAAUCAUGCAAAGGAUGCUGGUAAUGCAAAUGAAUGACAGUUUAUCUAAUUAUAGCUUUGUUCCUCCACCGCUAGCUAAAUAUAAUGCAACAAAACCAACAGGCAGUUAUUUUGCUGCUGAUAUGUUAUGCAAUUUUCAAUCAUUGCGAAACAAGGGACUUUUAGUCUGGCAGGGUGAGCCAGCAUGGUUAUUUCCAUAACAGUGUCCGUAUGGUUUCUUUUUGGAAGUUGCUUUGAGAUUGUGUCCAACAAGGUGAAAUUCAUAACCUUUGUGUCACUUAUUUCAGAUCUGCGCAUCUGAGCCAUUUUAAUCUAAUAAAUCCUAAGUUUAGGGGUUAAUGUUUGUUUAUAUAACUAAAUAUGUUUAGUGUUAACUCCUGUUCUAGUAUCAUUUGAGAAAUUCAUUUUUUAUAAUUAUGCAUGGAUUUAAAUCUGUUAAUUUUAUUUGGUUUUUAUUUUAUCGCACACCAUUCACGGAAGCAAUGCUAUAACCUCCAGCUGCCAGUUCAUUCAGCGUCACUAAAGCUGGUUAUCGCUAAAACAGAACGCUGGCAUUAGUUUUGGGUUUACUUGAUCUAGGGCUAUUUUUGCUACUUUAAAGGGACAGUUUACCCCAAAAUUUUUCUCUUCUUUAAUUUGUUCCCAAUGACCAUUUUUCCUGCUGGAGUGUAUUUAGUUAUUUACAAGUAGCUCAUUUACCAUUAUUUUGGAAGUUGAAAUAGCUGCUUAAGUUUGUGGCUUCCCCACCUAUACUGACAGUUUCUGGACCUGCGUCCAGGCUAUUGACAGGCAAUAUAAACACAGCCAGCAGACGAAAUAACUAAUAAAAGAGAACUAAUAAAAUUAAAAUUUUCCAUUGUUAUCUCUAAUUUUGGGCUUUGGUUUACAGACAAAUAUAAGAUAAGGAAGGAAGCUUGUGUACACAAAGUGAUAACAUGAGAUCUCAUUUUACCUGCAAGCUCAACCCAUUUCAAUAAGUUGUGGUUUCAAAGCACAAAACCAGCUAUUUCAUAUACACAAAUAAACCUGAAAAUGCAAUUUCUCAUACAUUCUUAUCUCAGCAGCUGGUAUAAUCAGUCAUUGUAAAUACAUUAUGGGAAAAAAUAAAUUACAGUAUACUGUCCCUUUUACUAGUAUUAAUUUGCCAGAUAGACCGUAAAUUUGCUACGUAUUUAUUUAGUCAGACUGCGUAUGCACUGGGUGCUUUGUACGGUCUUCUAGGAACAUUUGCUGUACUUGAAGACCCCAUGUCUGUGUAAUAAGUAAUGCUGCCAGCAUCCAAAGUAUUAAGGAGAAACUUACAAUUGAUUCCCUCUUUUUGCUUUCCUCCUGUUCGUGAGUUUCUCAUAUGAGAUUGUUAAAAGUAAAAUGUGUUCGGGAUUUUGUGUAAACACUGUAUAUACCUUCUGAUUACUGUAAAAUGAAAAGAAGCACUUAAUUCCAUUCCAGUGUUUGUAUAAGCUAUGUAAUUACCUUACAAUUAUGUAUUAAUGCAGCUGUAUGUUAAUGGAACCAUUUUGUUUACUGUAACAUGUUUGUAUAUGAACUGUGAAGUUUGCCGAUUACUUCUGCCAUUUUGACUUGCUAACUUGUGACUUAUGUUCCUGUUUUUUUGUGGGGUUUUUUCCUGUUUGCUGCUGGAGAAGAAUGAAACUAACGAGACAGUUAAAGCAAAUGCUUGUGAUAAUCUUGCACAUAUAUAUACUUCUGAUUGUGCUAUCACUUUAUGUAAAUGCAAUAUUUCUUGGCCUCCUUUAUUUUACAUGACCAUGUACAUAGCUGUAUUUUUAUAUUAAAGUGAAUAAUAGUCCUG